AUGGAAUUGGAUUUUAACAAAAUUUUCAUUAUUCCUACCACGGCUUUACGACUUGCUAGGGCCCAUCCUUAUAUACCAAGAGACAAGAAAUGGAUCCUCCAAUUCGUCACCGUCCACUCGCUGUUUACCUUAACAUUUCUUCUAAUUCUUUACAAUAUCUUCUGUCAUGAUUUAAAAGCUAACAAUUUCACGCAAACUUGUCAAAAUGGCGUUCUAUUCGUCGUGUAUAUUGUCAUUUCUUAUCAAUACGGCGUUUUGCUGACCUAUCAGAAUACCCUUGUUGGAUUAAUCGCAGAUAUGAACAAGGACUUUCAAACUUCCAAAGAUUUACCACCAAAAGAACGAGAUUCGAUCAAGAAGUAUAUUAACCAAGGAUUGUGGGUUUGCAAGCAAUGGCUUUUCCUCACAAUUUCGGGUUGCGCAAUUUUUCUUUUCAAGAACUUAGGUCUUAUGUUGUACUAUUAUUGUAUGAAUGAGUUCCGAUUGGUUCCGUUCUACGAAGUGGUAUUAUAUCCUCCGAUAAUGGAAGAGAAUAGAGAUAAUAUCUUUGUGUACUUGUUAAUGUAUGCUAUAAUGUUGUUAUUUUCUGCAUAUUCGGCCUUAAUGUAUGCGGCAUUUGUUCCUUUGGGUCCGAUAUUUAUUUUGCAUGCGUGUGGCCAGUUGGUACUGGUGAAGUUAAGGAUUGAUGACCUGUUUGUGGAGUGUGAUGAUGAGGUCAUUAGGAAGAAGCUCAAGGGUAUUAUUCUUCAUCUACAGUACGUUCACAGCUUCGUGGACAGAAUUCAGCAAGUUUUCAAGAUUGGUUAUGAGCUGACGUUGAAAUUCACUGCGCUUAUCCUACCCAUCACUAUCUAUGCAGUACUUGAAGGUUUCUACCGCGGCGAAGUGAAUGUGGAAUUCGUAACUUUCAUAGUUGGUGGAGUUAUGAUCAGCGGCUCACCGUGUUACUAUAGCGACUUGCUUAUGGAGAAGGGAGAAGACGUACGCAUGUCGCUAUACACUUGCGGCUGGGAGCAACACUACGACCGGCGCACACGCACGACUUUGCAGCUGAUGUUACAGAAUGCACUCAAACCUAUUGCUAUACAAACUGUUUUUACAGUCAUGUGCUUAGAUGCUCUCACUGAUCUAUUCCAACAGUCAUACGCCAUAUUCAAUCUUAUGAAUUGUAUGUGGAACUAA